AUGCUAUAAGAAAAGAUAAAAAAUUAUAUAAAAUCUCGAGAAUGUGCAACUAAUCGUAUAAAAACAUUAUUAAGACAACCUUGUCCAAUCCAAUUUUAGGUUAGAUAAGAUUUCAGUCCUCAAAAGACUAUACAUUAAUUUUAAUCUCAAAAUAUUAGACUGCGAUCGGUUUUAAAGGUAUCAAGAAAACUGACCAGACACAGUUCACCUCCUUUGAAAUUCGAUGAAGUAAUAACCAAUGCUAAAACAAACAUUGCAAGAAGAACAUCAUAAAAAUAACAAUCAGCUCCAUUGUUAAAAUAGAGAGUUAAAGAUGUUAAUUUAUAAACCUAAAUUACUUAAGUACCAACUUUUAGAAUGAGUUCUUAAUGGUUUGGGAAACAGCAACGAUCACAGUCAAAUUAGUUUGCUUUCGUCACUUUAUCUACAUUGAUUGAUGAUGAAUUCAAUUACAACAAAGAGAGGGUCUCAAAAUUUAACAAUAUGGAAAACAGAUUAGUAGAACAUCAAUUUAUUAUAAAUGACUUUAAUCCUAUUCUUAAUGUGAGUUGA